AUGGAAAAGCAAAAACAACAAGAAAAAGAAGCUAAACAAAAUGCUAUUUUGCAACGGAAAGAAUUAAGAUUACAAAUUAAAAAACAAAAAGAGGAAGAACGAGAAGCUAAAAAAAGAGAACGGGAAUUAAAAAAGCGAAUACCUGAAGACAAAGAAGAUGAAAGUAACGAUUUAGAAAAAACUUCUGCAAUACAUAAUAUUGAGACUGACAAACGAGGUAGAGGAAGACCUCGUGGCAUUGGUGCAAUAAGGAAUAUUUAUGAAAGCACGACAAAAAUUGUUCCUGGUGCUGUAACAUUCCAAAAUACAGAGGCAAUGAUCAAGAUGUCAACAAUAAGUCCCGUUGGCACAUUAGCGUAUAUUAUUGACGAGGAAGCGUUAUUAGUUCGCGUUAAUAAUGGAUGGCAGUAUAUUGCACUUGGAACGCUUUUAUCAACGUCGACUCGAGCUACUGUGACGCCAGCAUUGUCCAACCCGCCAUUUGAAGCUUCAAAUCUUAUUAACCAAUUGCCAAUAAGAACGGAUGGUAGUGGGGUCAGUAUUAUUUUUUAUUCUUUCUAUUAUUGGUCUAUUAGUAACUAA